UCUAUAUAUACAUAGCAGUGGUAUCACACCCAACUCUCACAGUCUCAGUAAAACAGCGGCAGAUUACUGACCCAAAACCUCAGCCUCCAAUACGUAGUAGACUAUGGAGCUCUGUACCACCACAUAUCAACCUCUCCCCAAUCUUCUCAUCACAAACCCUAACACCAACAACCUCCGCCCAAAACCCUCACUCCAAUUCGCACAAUCACGCCACUCUCUCAGCCUCCGCUCUCGUUUGCUUUCGAUUAGAGCUACAUCUUCUGAAGAAAGUGGGGGAAAUGCGUAUUCUGGUGAAGAGCGUGAUGGGGUGGUAUCCACUUAUGAUGUUCCACCGCCAGAAAAGAAUGUUUAUGGUCAAGCUGUGGUAGAAGAAGCAGCUCAAGAGGACAGCAUUGUGAAUGGCAGUGAUGGCCAAUCGCAGAUAUCUGAGUUUUUGGAGAACUUUAAUGUAAAGUUGGACAAUGAUGAUGCAUAUGUCUAUCUACUAUACGGUAGUGGUGCCUUGGUUACCCUGUGGUUAGCAUCAGCUAUCAUAGGUGCUAUUGAUUCUAUUCCAUUGUUCCCCAAGUUGAUGGAAGUUGUGGGUCUUGGAUACACAAUCUGGUUUAGCAGUCGUUAUCUGAUAUUCAAGAAAAACAGGGAGGAGUUGGUUGCUAAAGUCCAAGUUCUUAGGCAGCAGGUUCUUGGUUCAAAUGAUGACUGAUAAUUAGGUUCCAUUUGCUGUUGUGCAAUUAGUUUGUCUGAACUUUAGGCGAUAUAUGUGUUGCUUUUUUGUUUUAGAAAGGUUAGAUUUUGCCCUUACAUAUCCUUGUUUUCUUCAGGCCAAAAAAAAUUAAAAUAAAGUAAAUAUUCCUUUGUUGUUCUGCCCUCUGAGACUUUUUAUUUUUUAAUUUACCCUCUGAGAAUUUAGCUCUACCCGUGUUAACCUGGAUAUGGAUCCAACAUUUGUGUUGGUUUCCAUUUUGGGUACCAGGAGCUUCAAAUUGAGAUGCUCUGCACACACUUUGCUUUUUGGAUCCUAACGUUGUCAACAACAGUCAGAGAAAUGUGGGCUUCAUUUGGAUAGGGCGAUUUCAAACGAGGAUAUGCAAAAUAUGUUGCUCUCCAGUACAUAAUGCUCUGGAUUUGACCAGAUACAAUACAUCGAUUGGAUCUGUAUAAAUCACUUGCCUUGUAUAUUAAAAUCCUUAAAGAUUUUGUUUUGAUAA